CCAUCCAUCCUCCUCCUUCCUUCAUCCCAGCAUCCUUUUCCUCCUUCACCGACUACAAACAACAGCGGGAGGUGAACGGGAGCUGUUUUAUAUAAAUAUAUAUAUAUUUAUUUAUAUAUAUAUUUAUAUAAAAAAAGAACAUCAUGGCGCUCAUUCCUUCUCAAAUCCUCAGAGUUGCCAUUCUAAUGUCCUACUUCUCCAUCAUCUGCAAUUACAAAGCCAUAGACAUGCCCGCACAUCAGACCUACGGAGGGAGCUGGAAGUUUCUGACUUUCAUAAAUUUGGUCAUCCAAGCAGUGUUCUUCGGAGUGUGCGUCCUGACAGACAUUUCCAGCCUCUUGAUGAAGGGCACGGCCAAUGUGGAGCAAGAGAGGCAACUCCGGAAGCUGAUCAGUCUAAGGGACUGGAUGAUGGCCGUGCUAGCUUUUCCUGUAGGAGUGUUUGUAGUGACGAUGUUCUGGAGCCUGUACCUCUAUGACAGAGAUCUGGUGUACCCAAGACUCCUGGAUAAUUUCAUACCUCAGUGGCUAAACCAUGGAAUGCAUACGACGGUCCUUCCUUUCAUCAUCAUCGAGAUGAGAACCACACAUCACCUUUAUCCCAGCAGGGGGUGUGGCCUCCUGGCUGUCUGCAGCUUCUGUGUUGGAUAUGUGCUCUGGAUGUGUUGGGUGUAUAACGUGACUGGAGUCUGGGUUUACCCGCUGUUAGAGCACAUCGACACGCUGUCCAGAGCUGUGUUCUUCCUCUGCCUCACUGCCCUCACCAGCUUCUACUACAUCAUCGGAGAAACCCUCAACAGCCAUAUCUGGGAUUCAUCAAGGAGUUCUCUUGAGUCGAACAAGGAUAAAAGUGAUUGAUCUUUCGGUGGUGGGACGCCUCAGUCGGUACGCUUCCACGUCUCACGUGUUCGGACAGGAUUCCUGGACCGAGACACUCGAGGAGGACAAAAUAAGCAGUGUAACGACGUUACCGAUUGUCCCCAUAUAUUUAGUUUUGGUUCCCUUUUGUCCAGCUUUUUCUCACCGUAACGAAAGCACAGCUCUUCUUCAUGGGGGAUCCAUGAGUUCAAUCAAAGGAACGUUUUCAGAAUACCUCGAAACAUGUAUGUAUUACUGUACUAAUCAUAUGAAUCCAAAUCAAACAUCUCAUUUUCUGUACAUUCAGAUCAUUAUUACAGCCUUUAUUACAAGUUAUAAUGCAAUACGUUCAUCUCUAUGUUUGUUCAUAACAUAUAUCUGCAUACAAAUGAAUGAAUUCGAAGGUG